UUCCCCACUUUGGCUGUUUGUGCUUUUGGCAUCCUAAGAAACCAUUGCUCAACCCAGGGUCACAUGUAUGUCUUCUUUUUUUUUUUUUUUAAGAAUUAUUUUAUUUAUUUGAAAGAAUUACAGAGAGAGAGAGAGAGAGAGGUCUUUCAUCCACUGGUUCACUCCCCAAAUGACCACAAUAGCUAGAGCUGAGCUGAUAUGAAGCCAGGAGCCAGGAGCUUCUUCCAGAUCUCCUACAUGGGUGCAGGGGCCCAAGGAUUUGGGCCAUCUUCCACUGCUUUUCCAGGCCAUAGCAGAGAGCUGGUUUGGAAGUGGAGCAGCUGGGACUCGAACUGGUGUCUGUAUGGGAUGCCAGCACUGCAGGCUGGGGCUGUAACCCACUGUGCCACAGCGCCAGCCCUAACAUAUAUGUCAUCUUCUAAGAAUUUUACACUUUAGCUGGUUCUUCCAAGUCAGUAAUUUGAGUUGAUUUUUGUUUCUGGUGUAGGGUAGGGGUGCAGUUUCAUUUUUUUUGCAUGUUGUCCUAUUUGUUGAAAAGCCUAUUCCUCCAGUCACUGAACUGCCUGGUACCCUUGCUGCAAAUCAGUCGGCUGUAAAUGUUUGGACUUCUUCAGUCAGUGUUUAUGGGGAAUGCACUGAAGAUCAAGUACUGUACCAGGUGCCAGGGAAUUGGUAUGAAUGAGUUCGGUGUGUUCUCUUCCCUUAUGAAACCUACAGACUAUUAGAAAAUAGGACCAGUAAAUGGGUAUCACACAAUUAAUGCAAUGUUUUUGUAAUAAAAGUUAAAAGAGAAAACUAAUGCCACCAGUGGAGGAAGGGGAGGAAGAGAAGGGAACAGUGAACAAUGAAGAAAGUGGCCGUGCAGGGUUGGCGGCAGCUGGUGCAAGGUGCUGUAUGACGUGGAGGAAUUUGGACACCGUCACAGGGCAGAGGAAAGCCACGGAUGGCUGUUUUUGGCAGUAGAGUGACACAAUCAAUUUGUGUUUAAAAUAUCUGCCUAAGGGGUGGGUGUUGUGGCACAGUGGAUUAAACCAUCACCUUGGCUGCCAACAUCCCUGUCUGAGGGCUUGGGCUUGAGUCCCUUUCUGCCUCUGAUCCAGUUCCUGCUAACACACUUGGGAGGCAGCAGAAAAUGGUCCAAAUACUUGGGUUCCUGCCACCAUCGUGGACGACCAGAAUGGAAUUCCUGGCUCCUGGCUCAAUCCUGACUGUUGUGGGCAUUUGGGAAGUGAGCUAAGGAAUGGAGGAUCUCUCUCCAUCUCUCUGUUGCUCUGCCUUUCAAAUACACAAACAAAACUUUAAAGAAAAAUCUGCCUGAGAGAUGUAUGUAGACUAGGUGGUGGGGUAAGAAUGCGUGUUGGGGCCUGCCAGGGGUCUGUUGCCCGGGUUCUGAUGAGGCGAUGGCAGGCCGGGCCUGCUCAGGUAUGUGGAGGCGGGAGGACUGAUAGCAGAGCUGUUUGCUGAGAGAACUGAGGACCCAAGGGUGGAGCUACAAGGACCACCUGCCUGGGUCGAGCAGCUGGUCGACAUUUGCUGAGAUAGGUGCUUGUUUCCUGGCCUGGGCUUGCUGCUGGGCAUUGGUUCCACAUGGAGGUUUGGAAGUUGAGACGUGUGUAUGACAAGCCGGGACGCCUCCAGAGCAUUUGUGACCGGAGACUACUCUGAAGCAGGCCUCGUGGAUGACGUCUCUGACUUGUCCUUCUCCGAGAUGCUCACGCUGCAAAACUGGCUUUCAUUCUAUGAGAAGAAUUACGUAUGUGUUGGAAGGGUGAUAGGACGCUUCUACAGUGAGGACGGGCAGCCCACCCCAGAGCUGACCCACGUAGAAGCCAUGAUCACCAAAGGCUUGGAGGCCAAUAAACAGGAGUGGAAGGAGAAGCAGAAGUUCCCGCCAUGCAACACUGAGUGGAGUGCGGCCAGGGGCAGCCGGUUCUGGUGUUCCCAACACAGCGGAGGGGUGAGCAGAGACUGGAUUGGUGUCCCCAGGAAGCUGUAUAAGCCAGGGGCCAAGGAGCCCCACUGCGUGUGUGUGAGAACCACCGGCCCCCCCAGUGAGCAGAUGCUGGACAGCCCCACCCACAGAAAUCGCGGGGACCUGGACCACCCUGGCCUGCAGGAGUACCCAGGCUGCCCCCCUCUGGCCAUCACGUGCUCCUUCCCACUCUGAGUUGGCGCCCUCUGAUAAAACAGGGAGAACCCUCCCCAGAGACACCCCGGGCGUGGCUCCUGGCAUGGAACAGGAGGCCGUGGAAGGACUGGUCACUCUCUGCAGACGCACUCGGCCUCCUCCCUGCAGUGUGCCUUUCUGCUGAGCGGCGCAGGAGCUGGGCAGCGGGACUGGGCGGCCUCCUGGACGCGCUCCCCUGGGGCCACUUGCCAUCUUCCUUCAGAACCCUCCCAAGAUGACCACCUUGCAUAACUGGCCAUCACGGGAGAUCUGUGGGCUCUGGUAGCUGCCUUCCCAUGGGCUGCCGGGCUGCCUGCCCCUGCUGCUGGCCUGGGCCCUGCCAGGCGAGAGGGGCUCACAUGCUUCCCCAGCCAGCGAGCAGAAACAGCAGGUGUCCCCCAAAGCCUUGAGACCGCAGGGCACCUCUGGCUGGAUGCCCCGCUGGCUACACCUGUGACUCCGGCUCUUACGACCUUCUCACAAGGAAGACCGCGCUAAGGCAACUUGAAUGUAUCACCAGAAGUCCACUGGGUGGACAGGCCCUCCAGCGAGGGCUGCUGACACGGGCAGGCUCAUGGUGGACAUGGAGCGUCUGAACGACGAUGUCAAGCAAGGAUGCUGUCCCUCAUUCAGACCCUGAUCAGAUGGGGCUUGUUUUCAAAGGGAGAAGCCUGCGUUUUGAGCCAAAGAUUGUUCUGCAGCUCACGCAAGGUAAAUGGAGAGAGUGCCCGCUUCCAAGAUGGCUGCGGCGGCGGUGUCGGGCGUGCUGGGCCGGGCUGGCUGGAGGCUCCUGCAGCUGUGUUGCCUGCCGGGUGAGGCCGAGGCUGAGUCCCGGACAAGGGAGGAGCAGGGAGGAGGUGCGAGGUGGCGGGGAGCUGGGUGCGCGGCGGGAGGUGCGGUCAUGGCGGCCGGCGAGCAAGGUGAGGUGAAGGGCAGCAGCGCCGAGUCCCCGGCGCCGCGAGCUGGAGCGGGCUGUGUGGCCGGCUUUGGUCUUCAUCUCGAACUGUGAGGGACCAGAGCGCUGGCGCAGGGCCUGUCACCCCCGUUUCUUGGAGCUGACGGAGCUCAGCGAGGGCUGGGGACGCCCAAGGUCACAUAGGUCGUGGGCUGCUGGCCUGGCGGGCCUGGCCAAGCGCCGGGGCAGGACCGCUAGGAGGACCUUGGUCCUGCCCCCGCCCUUCGCCAACUCUGGGGUGUUCUCUUACCCCCUGUGCUGCUGUAGGCUCCGUGUUUUUAUUUCUGUGUCCAAGUUCUUAGGAACGGACCUUGGCAUUACUACAUAAAUGGAAAGGCGGUGUCCCCCUUCGUAAGUGGAAUGUAUGCACUGUCGCAUUAACGUAAACAUACAACUCAUGAUGUAGUCGCCUGUGUUUCUCCUCAGGUCUCAGUGGCCCAUCCUGUGGGGCCUCCCCCUUUUCAGUUCAAAGUUUUCUCCAGUUUUUUUUUUUUUCUGUGCAUACAAGAAAAUGUUGAUAUUUUUGCUAUGCAUCAUCCUGUUUCUUUUUAAAAAGUUUCCUGAAUUAUUGUUUUUUUUUUUUUGUAAAAGAUGAGUGUCCAUUUUGUUUUCAUACACAAUGUCCAAUUAAAGAUCUUUAGUUAAAAAAAAAAAAAAAAGGUAAAUGGAGAGCAGCACAUGAGGUUCGGAACCAGACGGUUCCAGCUUCCGGUGGCUGGGCUGGAGGUGUAAGACAUGUCUCAUACCCACCCCCUCUGGAGUUCUUAAAUAGAGGGGUGGGGGGCUAUCCUUUUUUAUUUACUUAUUUAAAAUGAAGGGAAUUCCUAUUUUCCCCCUCUAUUUAUGUAUUUGAAAGGCAUACAGGAAGCUGAGAUCCUUCACCUGCUGGUUCACUCCCCAAAUGGCCACAAUGGCCAGAGCUGGACCAGGCUGAACCCAGGAGCCAGGAGCUCUACUAGGGUCUCUUGUGUGGGAGGCAGGGGCCCAAGCACGUGGGCCAUCUUCUGCUUUCCCACACGCAUUACCAGGGAGCUGGAUCGGGAGUGGAGCAGCCAGCACUCACGGGGUGCCGGCAGUGCAUACAGCAGCUUAACCCACUGUGCCACGAUGCGGACCGUGUUCAGCUGUCGCCUAAGCCUUCAUCUCUGCUCCUCUUCCGUCUUCUCUACGUACUCCUCAUGCUUCCUCCACCGCCUUGGUCAGUAUCACUCACAGCUUUCCAGAUUGACCUACCGGUCCCUCCACUGGUGGCUGGGCGCCCCUGGCCCAUGCUGUUCUUACACCUGGCUUUGGAUCAUGGCUCCUUCUGCCACCCCAGGGCCUUCCUCACCUCUAACCUCUCCCUGCUCGUUUCUCCCACUUCAUAAAAUGUUCCCCUUUAGCACCCCUAGUUCUUCGUAGCUGCCCUAUGUACUUCCUACCGCAGAUGGCCCUCAAACACGUGGGCCGCCCUCCACUGCCUUUCUCAGGCCACUAACAGGGAGCUGGAUCAGGAAGUUGAGCAGCAAAGACACGAACCAGGUGGCAGCUUAACCCCCACUAUCACGGUGCCGGUCCCCACCGGCUUAGCGCCCCCCCCCCCCCCGCCCCGUCUCUGUGGUUCAGCCUCCUGCCCCAGCAGCUCCUGUGGUCGCUUCGGUUCUCCCCUCCAUCUCUUGUACAGGACCCCGUCUACCACGAGGUCCUCCCUAAAGCUCCCCUUGGGCUGGUCCUCAUCUCCCCUCUCCCUCUGGCCAUUCCUUCUUGGCCUUCCUGGAGCUCUGCCCCGCCACGCACUCCUGUUGGCUUUUCCCUCCUUAGCACCUGGCCUGCCCACCUGCUACUCCAGGCAGCUCUCCAGAGUGGUCCUGGCCUUCCAUCUUCAUCUUCCCCUCCAGCGGGCCUCCCACUUCUCCACUGGUGGCACCACCAUCCACAGUGCGCCACCGAGCAGGCAAUCCCAUGUCCCCGGUAGCCAAGUCCAGGCCACCCCACCUCCGGGCUCUCUCCUUUCCAUCCCCUCUGUCACCAGUGCCGUCCUCUGAGUGAGGCUGUCAUGUCUCGCCUGGGUUGCUGCACUCCAGUGAGGCAUCGUCCUAAGUCUCCUGGGGGCCGCCUCAUCUGUGAGGGUCAAGUGCCAGCUCUUAAGCCCCUGGGCAUAGGAUGCCCUUCCAUGGCCGUCUCUUCCGGGCCUGUGUCCUUCCCAUCCCCUCCUUUCCCACAGGCUCUCUCCAGCUGCUCUGUUAGUCCAACUCCCCAGUCCUGAGACGGCAGCUCCCCCAGCUCAGCAGCUGCAUCCUGAUGCCGGUUCCCUCAGUUGGGGCGGCACUUUGUGCUCGCUCCUCAGGGUUCUUCACAGUGUGCUUUUUUUUUUUUUUUUUUUUUU